AUGUCUUCUGCCACCACCUUUUACGACUUUAAGCCGCUCGACAAGCGCGGGCAGGAGGUGCCUCUCUCCGACUACCGCGGCAAGGUCGUCCUCGUCGUCAACACGGCCUCCAAGUGCGGCUUCACUGGCCAGUACGCCGGCCUCGAGAAAAUCUAUAAAUCCAUCACCGAAAAGCACCCCGACGACUUUGUCGUGCUCGGCUUCCCUUGCAACCAGUUUGGCUCCCAGGAGCCCGGCAGCAACGACGAGAUUCAGAGCUUCUGCCAGGUCAACUACGGGGUUACCUUUCCCAUCAUGCAAAAGGUGGAAGUCAAUGGCGACAAGGCCGCGCCACUGUACGAGUGGCUGAAGAGCGAGCGGCCGGGCCUCCUGGGCCUCAAGCGUAUCAAGUGGAACUUUGAAAAGUUUCUCGUGGGCCGCGACGGCCGCGUUGUCAACCGCUGGGCGAGCACCACCACCCCCGAGUCGCUCGAGAAGGAGAUUGUCGCUGAGAUCAACAAAAAGGCCGCCUGA